UUGUAUUUUGCAUCUAUUCUAUUCGUUUGGUACUGAAGCACGCUCAGUUUACUUUGAGAUUUUCAUCUGAAAUCAGUGUUACGAAUCAGAUUAUAUUUUUAUUUUUCUUCCUAAACAAUGAUAAUAAAAAUUAAUUCGAGUCAAUUAAAUCAAUUCAAGUCAUUAUUGUUAAUAUUAUUUUUGUCGAUGAAACUGUCUCGCUUGUAUGCAAUUCAUAUUUGCGAAUUAGAAACCUCAAAAUUAACAGAUGUUUCUCCAGUGUGUCGAUUUAAAAAAGAUCAUUUAAUUUGUCACGGCGGAAUUGAAUCACAAAAAAUAGGAUCGAAAAAAUUGCGCAGUUUAACAUUCUGCGACUGGCCGGACACGAAUUUUGAUUCAGAAAUUUUACAGUAUUUUCCAUCUUUGCAAAAUUUUUCUAUUAUUAACGGGAGUUUAAAAAAUAUAAGUCCUUUUCCAAAGGAGGCAGAAAAAUUAGAGAAACUAGAAAUUAUUGGAACGAAAUUAGAAAAAUUUCACGAAGAAUUUUUGAAAAAUUUAUCAUCACUUCGAAUUCUCGAUUUAAGGUAUAAUAAUCUAAGUGAAAUAAAUCCAGAAGUUUUCAAUUUAACAACAUUGCAAUCAAUUUAUCUGUUUGGUAACCCUUGGAAAUGUAGAAAAGAAAUGUCAUGGAUUUUAAAUGCAGAAAAUUAUUCCAUCGCUAAUAAAAUUGAUGACAAAUUUGAUUUGCAAUGCUCGACGCCAUACGAUGGACGGCCACUUGUUCCAGUUGUUGAGAUAUUAGUAGCCCUAAACGAUGAAUGUAAACGCACUGUUUGUGAAUGUCAAUUGACUUAUGUUUACGGACGUGUCGACAGACAAAUUCAAAAGCAACUAAUGGCUUUCGUUACUGUUAAUUGUAGUAAUAGAAGAUUAACCGAAAUGCCAUCGUUUUUGCCAGCAAACACGACUGUUCUUCAACUUUCGGAAAAUAAGAUUACGGACUUAACACCUUUGAAGGCAAAUCCUGUUUACAAGCGAGUCUUGGAUCUUUAUUUGGAUUAUAAUUUAGUAGAGACUGUUAGUCUUCUUGAUGGUUCAUAUUGGCUCGAAAACUUUCGACUUCUCAGUCUUCGUAAUAAUAAAUUAACAGAUCUUCCAACUUAUGCUCUGGAGCAUGUUUUACCUCACAGCAUAAAUUCAGCUCGUUUAUAUCUUGGGAAUAAUCCAUGGAGAUGUGAUUGUUUGUUUACUCCAGGAUUUCAGGAUUUUUUAAUUCGAUUUGCAAAUUUAGUAAAAGAUAUCAAUGAUAUUCGAUGUUCGAGUGACGCAGAUGAAAAUGCAAACAAACAGAUUAGAGAAUUGAAAAGAACUGAAGUUUGUGUCACCCCAGACGACGAUUAUUGGCUGCCUUUAGAUAUUUUAAACAUUAUACUUGCUUUCUUAAUAUUUCUUGUUAUUGGAAAAUUAUUGUACGAUUAUUGGUGUUUCAAAAGAACUGGAAAAUUACCAUGGAUAGUAACAAAAAUACCUUAAUUUAUCAAAAUAAAUUAAUUUGUGUGUUAAAAAUUUUAUAAACAAAACAUUACCUUUUGU